UUAUCUACCACACAGAUCUUGGUAUCGCCUAAUCUUUCUAGCGAACCGAGGAGAAAUAUGGAGUCAAGCUUGCAUUAUGUGAUUUUGUUAGGUUUGCUUGCGACGAUUCUGGUUACGACCCACGGCCAAGGAGACGCGGUGGGGCUAAAUGGAGAAGAAAUGAGGCCAGUGGAGGUGGAGAUGGUCAUGGAGUACAGAGUAUGGAGGAGAAAGCUGAUGACGCCAUUGGAGUUGUGCUUAGAGUGCAAAUGCUGUUCCUCCACCACUUGUGCCACGAUGCCUUGCUGUUUCGGCAUCAAUUGCCAACUUCCCAACAAGCCCUUUGGCGUUUGCGCCUUUGUUCCCAAGUCGUGUCAUUGUACUUCUUGCUCCAUUUAACAGUAUUCUUUCUUCUACCAACAAACAUGAUGCGUAUAAACUAGACUCACAGAUUUUCUGUGCACGCUUUCGAUUCA